UUACCUUCGCACAUUUGUUAUCCUAUCCUCUUACAUAUAUACAAACACACCCACACACUAGAAUUUUCUAUAACUUGGACAAAAACUCAAUCAGAAGACAUGGAGGAUCUGACAGAAGUACGAAAUUCCGAUCUUUCUGCUUCCAUGAGUAGCUAUUGGAAUUCACCAAACCAUGAACUUGACAACUUGAAACAAAAUCAUGAAGUAGUUAUAGUCAUGGUUCCAUUUCCAGCUCAAGGCCAUCUCAAUCAACAUCUUCAACUUGCCUGUUUAAUCUCCUCAUCAUAUGAUCUUCCAGUCUAUUAUGUUGGCUCUGCCACACUUAAUCGUCAAGCUCGGCUUCGAGCCAAUGCCUUAAAUCCUUCAGAUAUAGCCAAAAUACACUUUCAUGACAUUCCAAUUCCUGAAUUUGCUUCACCUCCACCUGUCUUUAAUGCCUUGAGCAAAUUCCCAUUACAUCAUAAGCCAUUAUGGGAUGCAUCUUUGCUUCUUCGCGAGCCCAUUGCUUCCUUUUUACGCGAUAUCUCCUUGAAAUCAAGACGAGUCAUUGUUGUUCAUGAUCCUUUUAUGUCCCAUAAUGUUCAGGAUGUUUCUUCCUUGCCCAAUGCUGAAUCUUAUAUAUUUAAUGGUGUUUCAGUUUUAUAUUUGUACUGUUUUAAAUGUUUAUUUAGUGGGAAAUCUGUCCAACUUGCAGAAGAAUUGCUUAAAAAGUUAGCCUCCCUUGAAGGAGAGAUGCCUGAUGAACUGAAGGACUUUACAGUUCUUCAGAUUCCACAUAUGGAUAUUAGAUCAGGUGAUAUCCAUAAUACAAGCAAAGUAAUUGAAGGCGAGUUUCUUGAUUUGCUUGCACAAGUAGAGAGUAAACAACAAUGGGCAAUUGGACCAAUUCUGCCUACUAAACUCCAUCAUAUCUCAAAUAGGAACAAUAUAUGUUUGGAGUGGCUGAACAAACAACCUCCGAGAUCAAUUCUUUAUAUAUCAUUUGGAACAUCAACUACAUUUUCCAAUAGAGAAGUCAUGGAGCUCGCGAUAGGAUUAGAACAAAGCAAACAGAAGUUCAUAUGGGUGUUGAGAGAAGCCGAUAGAGGAGAUAUUUUUACCGGAGAAGCUAGAAGAUUUGAGCUGCCAGAAGGGUUUGAGGAAAGGGUAAAAGAAGUAGGCCUAGUGGUAAGAGAAUGGGCACCACAACCUGAAAUCCUGGCCCAUUCUUCCACAGGCGGGUUCAUGAGUCAUUGUGGCUGGAAUUCUUGCAUAGAGAGCAUUACCAUGGGUGUGCCUAUAGCUGCUUGGCCUAUGCACUCUGACCAACCGAUAAACGGUUUCUUGGUGACGGAAAUAUUGAAAAUAGGUCUGACUGUGAGAGAGUGGGAGAAACGCGAGGAGCUAGUAAGUGCAUCCACUAUUGAGAAUGUCGUGAGGAAGUUGAUGGCAUCAGAAGAAGGUGAUGCAAUUAGGAAAAGAGCAGAAGAAUUGGGAGAAGCCGUUAGAUGUUCCACAGAGAAAGGGGGUUCUUCUCGAAUAGAGUUGGAUUCUUUUGUUGCGCAUAUCACAAGAUAGACUUGCUUUUCACCAGAAAUUUCAAGUUUAUCUGUCACUUGUCUGCUUCUUGGCUCAGACUAGUUUAUACUACCUUAUAUUUAUUUGGUUUUGGAAUGUUCAGUAUCUAUCAGUGAGAUGAUUACUUUGUAUUUCUCAGUUGUUUCCAUAUGCUAAACACAUAUGCAUGAUGAAAUAAGGUACUCCAUAAGACAAACAACGUAUGUUUUCUGU